AGUAUGAAGCAAUAGAAGGAAUGAGCAAUGACCCCGAAACACAAUCUCUGGUUUUAUUGGAAAAUUUAUAUAUUUGUGUUGUUAAAAGGUGUUAGUAAUCAGGAGACGGAUGUUAUACCUUAUUUUCGGCAGAUUUCUUUGCCUGAUGAUCACGUGGUGCAUAGUCCCGUAGAAGAAACCAUUAGGCACCUAUUGGAUACGUUACUCAAUAGACUUCAAUGUGUUCAACUUGGAUUAACUUUUGUAGAGUGCUUUCGAUGUCUAACUCCCGCUAGAGUAUUAGACGUCUUAUCUUUAUCUGCAGCAUCUCCAACGUUGCAUGUAUCCCAUAUCAGGAAGCUCUCGGUACUCUUCUUGUACCACGUACUGACUUUCGAGAUAUCUUGUAAAUCCGAAACCAAUUUUCCUCUUAAUUAUGACUUUUAUAAGUCACAAAUCGAAAAUUUGCUGUGUAAAGAAGUUAAUGAUGAUAACUCGACUAGAGAAGUGGAUAAGCAGCAAACUGGAAAUCUCUUGAGAAAAGUGGAGCUUGUGUAUUAUCCUGAAAAAUUAUCGGAAUGUAUCACCUUGAACAGCAUCUGGGAUGCUUUGGAUAAAACGGAAAAGAAGAAAGAUGUCGCCUUACUAUCGAGUCUACUUCUCGGUUAUCUUUUAGAUGGAAACUGCAUAUCAAUUGUUGGAACUUACAUGGAUUUCAUUAAUGAUGUCUUUCGUGCGUAUUCCCAGAAAUGUACUGGAAAAAUGUUCUUAUCUGGUAUGGAAAAAAUAAUUGAUGAUGUCGUUAAACGAAAUCGUGGAGAGGAAGUUGAUAGAGAGGAAGAAUGCAUUCCCGAACGGACUAGUGCUUAUACUUCGAACGAUAAAAUUAAAGUGAAAGUGGAUUUUUCUAUCACGAAUCAAACCGAAGAAGAAAUUUCUACCGACAAUAAAUCCAUAACGAAAAAUAAUAACGAAUUUUCAAAUUCUAGAAUUAAAAGAAGUGAUGGAAACCUCGAUAAAACGAUUUUAAAUCACUUUUACGAUUACGAUUUAUCUAAAAAGUGUUGGCUGACUGAAGACAUAUUAGAAAUUUUCGGUAAGCAAAAAGACAAAAACAUAAAUAAAGCAGAAUUUCAUCAACUCUGUCCAGCUGUCUUGCAACAAAUAAGCAUCGGAUGCUACAAAAUAACAGUGACGGCAUCAGUUCUAGACAAAGACGUUGCUCUGGGUUCUCUGUAUGGUUACAGUUCAGCAGCUGUUAUACUGAUUUGUCUCUCGUCUCUUGUUGGACUUCUAUUGUUACCCAUCCUCUCCAGUAACGCUUAUCAUUACAUAACGGCUGGAUUUAUGGGUUUAGCUUUCAGCACUAUGACGUCGGAUGCUCUUCUUCAUCUCAUUCCUCAAGUUUUGGGAAGCGACCAGGGGCACCUAGAUGGUUCUACAGGGGAUGAUUUAUACAUUUGGCAUCAGAUGACGGUCAUUUUGGCAAUUUACUUCAUGUUUCUCUUCGAGGUAGUCAGCGAAAUCGUCAUCAAUAGAAAGACCGAAAUGAAACCAAUGCUGAAGUCUAUGUAUUAUAUCCCACAGACUGAAGAAGAACCCAUUCUUCCGAUUGUUAAUCUAAAGAGCAUGAAUGCCAUUACAUCUACAUCAGUUAAAGAAAAGGCGGAUUCUCAAACAGAACAUAUUACUAAAAGGCCUCCUUCUGUCGCUUUCAUCCAUCACGAAGAAGACGAACCGAAAAGAGAGAAGCCGAUAUUGCCUUCAGCCAAUCUAUGCUUUAAUUUAUCUUCCAUUGCUUGGAUGGUAUGUCUGGGUGACAGUUUUCACAAUUUCACAGACGGUUUAGCUAUUGGUGCAGCGUUUCAAUCCAGUUUGCAAAACGGGCUCUUCACCUCUUUAGCCAUCUUAUGCCACGAAAUCCCUCACGAAUUAGGAGACUUCAUCAUUCUACUUUCAACUGGAUUAUGUUUCAAGAAAGCGGUCAUCAUCAAUUUCAUAUCUGCUCUAUUCUGCUUUAUCGGUUUGUUCAUAGGUUUGCAAUUAGCUAAUGAUUCCGAAACUAGAAAAUGGAUCAUGUCAGCAACAGCAGGGAUAUUUCUCUACAUUGCAAUCUCAGAAAUGUUACCAGAAUUGAAGAAAAACAGGGGCCUGAAUCCUGCUAAGAUGUUAGUCAUCAAGAAUAUAGGAAUUAUUGUAGGAUUGAUAUUUACUUUGUUCAUAGCAAUCCUUGAAGGACAAGCUCAUUGAAUGUUUCACAAAUAUUUAAAAUUAUGUAAAUAGUAAUAAUAUUUUCGGGUUAUUGUAAAUAUUAGAAAAGUUAUCGCUGUUGUUGCACUGUA